AUGACGUUCCGCGAGAAGGUCAAGCGGGUGUUCCGCUCCUCCAAAAAUACUGCGAAGCCCAAGAUCGAAUAUUACAGACGACACGAGUGUCCUCCCUCGAAGUUUCGUGGUCCAUUCGAUCGUGCUCACCAGAAGAGCCUAGCCGCGUGGUCCUUCCAGGGGGCGAUGGUCGAACGACCUCGUUCAUUUGAAGUCUCCCUGUCGCCUUUCGCCACAUGUGAAGGAUCCGACGGUUACUCCGGCCCAUCCGAAUCUGACAACUCGGUGUCCCCGGAGGAUGUGGAUCCAGUUUCCUCCAAUCCCGAGAUCCCUGCUGAAUCAUCGCCACGCGGCCCUGGCUCCGGUUCUCAGUCCUCUACCAUCGUCGACCCCUCUAGCUAUAAUGGCUCAAUGAUGACCCUCAUCAACGAAGGCUCUAUCUACGAGAUCCCAGAAGAUUCAAAGGACCCCAAGUUCUUCCUCAAGGAGUCCAUUCGCUACUCAUCCCCCCUCGUCCAUGCUAUCUCGCCCGCUCUAACUCCGUGCGUUAUCUCCGCCCGGAAGCACCUUCCUUUCGCCCCCGAGGAUCUCGCCCGCGCCUUGAUCGCCAUUCAGGUCUGCGCUUGA